CCGAAAAAAUAAACCAAAAACUGUCAGCUGCGAAAUAAAAAAAAAGAAAAUAGACGAAGAAAAAAAAAACGAGCAAAAAAAAAAAGAAAGGAAAAUUGAAUUUUCUUCACCUCUAUCAUCUUCCGCAAGAACGACACAAAAAACUUCUUGCUUCUCUUAAAAGUGUAAUAAUUUCCUUGUGCAGGAGUUUAUUGUAUUAGUCACUUUUUUCAUAUAUUUACAAAAAAAUUGAAAGUAAAAUCCUUAAAUCAUUCCCAUUCACCCGCAUGUUGGGUUUUUCAUAUAAAUAAUUUUUAGCUACUUGCUUCUUACACCCAACGUAGACAAGAGAACAAAAAAAAAAAGAACACCGAAAAAAAGCAAGUAAAUAAGAAAUAAAACUUCGCCCUUGUAUUGUCAGUGUCCAUCGUUGCAUAGUUUUCCCUAUGGAGACGCAGACCACUGACAAAAAUAUUGAAUUUGCCCAUCAUCCGCCGAGGCCCUGGUCGGACAAGGCCAAAUGCAACAAUAACAAUCUCUUCGACGACAAAGAGAACUUUUGCGGCGGACCUGCAGACGCUGGCAAGUCCUCAAAAUUGGACAAAUGCCAAUGUCAUCGCAGUCAACCGCAACAACAACAAAUCCCAGUUAUUGAGUUGCCAGUGGUAGAGACUGCCACUGGCGACGAAGCCGGGAGUGUUAAUGUCACUGUGCAAGCGUCGUCUCAGACCGAAGCAACAAAUGACACUCGUUUUAACGGCGGCGACGAAGAUGAGCUUCUCAGCACUGCUCUGGGUGCUCAUUCGCCGCCCAACUCCAAUCGCACUUCGGUCAACAAUUCCACCGACAAUCUGUCAUAUAAUAGCGACAAUUAUUACGUCGAUGAAUUGAUUGUGUUACAGACGACACUUUCCGAUGAGGAAGUAUCAUUGAAUUCCGAUGAUUGCAUCUAUGCGUAUCGGGGAGGAGCGGAAUUCGAUAUUGCUUUGGAACCAGCGAGAAAUAAUAAUGUCGAGGAUGAAACAGAUUUCCUCGAAAUGGAUUUCGAUCCGGAUCCCUCGUCGGAGGUGGAUCCUUCGAUGGAACUGCGUUCAUUGCAAUAUCCUCCAUCGAUUUUUCUCACAAGUUCAGCGAGUGUGGGAGGGGCAACUUUGCCCGAAAGGCAAUUGUUUAGUUCGCCAAUUGAGGGUGGCGAUGCAACACUCUGCCACCGAUGUCCUACAAAUAAGGACUUUGCAAAGCUGUCAUUAAAUUUGACACAAAUCAAAUCGAAUUCGAUUGAGGGUGACGAUGAUCGGACGUCUCCAGUGACUGUCUCGUGCACCGCCGACGAUUCGAGAUCAAAGGUGACAGGCGCCAAGCCUAAACGCAUCACAGAGCGAAGCAUUUCCAUGACAAAGAACCGUAAAACGCAGUUCCUUUACUCGAAAAUGAAUAAAAACGGCGGGACGACAGCAUCUCUUUGUUCGGCUGGUAGUUUAGAUGAACGUGCUGGAGUGGCAGGGUUUCCGCCCUUGCACAGCGCUAAUGCUUAUACUCGGCGAGAUCUCUCCGACGAGACAUGUUUGGAUUGUCUGGAAAAGGAAUUCCUUGCAAAUACAAUUGGCAAACCGAUCGAGUGGUCGGAUUGUCCAAAGUGCAAGAAUAAGCGAAGCCUUCACAUGACAUCAGCAUUUGGUCAUUGCAAUAGCAGUGGUAGUAGCCGGAGCAGUAGUAGUAAUACUGGUAUAGGGAUGAGUUCGAGUAGUAGUGUUUUGUGUUCGGCCAAACCGCCACCGUCGUCGUUGAGUUUUGAUUUGAAUGAUUUGUUGCCGACGGCGCGUGAGAAGUCUUAUAUUGAUGAAGGAAGUGGCAGUGGCAGUGUUGGCGGUGGUGGUGGUGGUUGUGGUGGUAGUGGUUUGAAUAGGGAUGCAGCUGUUGUUGUUGAGGCCAAAAAGCUAACGCACAAGAAUUACCAAAGAGGAUCAUCGUGUGAUAAUUUUGAUGGAAAUAAACUUGUUAAGAGAUCCUCCGAUCAAGUUGUUUCAACAUUUUCAACUCUAAAUGCAGACGAGGGAACAAUAGUGCAGGCACUGGAAAAACUUCAUAUUCCUUACAAUAAAGAACUCAUAAUAUCAUACUUCCAAGCAAGUCCACCACAAUUUAAAAAUCUCAAGCAAUUUAUUCUUCAUCAAUCCAAAAAGAAUUGUAACUAUCCAAAGUUAAUGAAGUUAAUAGAAGUCGCAUGUAAUGGCAAUGUUAAUGUUGAAUUUCAACCGGAUAAACAAUUUUUGGAUACAGAACCAGUUCAAGAAGUUCGAGUCGCUGAUAUUUUACACCAAUGGACAAGAACAAAUAAUCUCGAACUACUUAAACAAUUAGAUAAGCGAUUUAUGGAGAGUAAUGUUUUGGGAAAAAUAAUUUAUAUUAUCAGACAAGCACAGCAAAGAAAUAAUGCAAAACCUCUUGCAGAUUAUAUUUCUAUUCCGCAGUAUUAUAAAUCUGGAUACAUUUCUAUUGUAACCAAAAAGUAAUA